AACCGCGAUCAUCGCCUCCCGCUCGAGGGCGGUGCUGCCAUCCCCGGGACGGGGUGCCUGGUGUCAGCGGUGGAGACGGCGGCGCAGCGCGAGGCUUUCAUCGUGGGCAAACCCAACCGCUACAUGUUUGACUGCGUGGCCAGCGAGUUCCACAUCGACCCUGCUCGCACCAUCAUGGUGGGGGACAGGCUGGACACAGACAUCCUCAUGGGCAACAGCUGUGGGCUCACCACACUGCUCACCCUGACUGGUGUCACGGCGCUGGACGAGGUCAGGGACCACCAGGAGAGCCACUGCCCCACCAGGCACAGCCUUGUCCCCGACUACUACGUCGACAGCAUCGCAGACCUGCUCCCAGCCCUGGGGGAGUAA